ACGACGCGACCACUACCGAGCUGACCACUUUCGGGACACGAAAAGAGACGAGAAGAGAAGAGGGAAUAGACGAGAAGUGAGACGAGAUUGGACGGGUGCAUUCGUCAACGCCCAUUCCCUACCAGACCACACCACACCACACCAUAUCAUACCACAUCCUACCCGUACGAGGAACACACGGCUACCGAUAUCCGCUUCCGCCUCCUGCCCGGCCGGCCUCCUGCGCCUCGUAGUCGUCGCCGUCGUCUGCCUCCUCCUCUUCCUCCUCUUCCGCGCAUUCCGCCGCCAUUGCACCACCAUCGCCAUCAUUCAAUGUAAACACGUGCCGCCAUGGGCCGAUACUACACCCUCCUGCUGGCCCUCUGCGCCGCGGCUGCCACCGUCUCCGCCCAAGGUGUCCUCACCAACGGCAACAGCCAAUUCCCCGCCUGCGCCCAGGCCUGUCCUCUGCUCGUGCAAGCCGCUCAAGCCUGUUCAGCGACUGAUGUUGCCUCACAAGGCGCAUGGGUCUGCUUCUGUCAGUCCGCCUAUCUGACAAACUUGCGCUCUUCUGCCACCGGCAUCUGCGAUUCCACCUGUACCAAUCCCACCGACCUGCAGCAAGUGAGUACGUGGUAUAACACCAACUGUGGAAGUGAUUUUGGCGCUUCGGAACACUCCGGAUCAGGUGCCACGACCACCACCCCUGCUGCUGGUGCUGGUGCUGCUGGAGGCGCGACGCCGCCAGAGGAUGAAAGCGCUCCUGCGGCUGCGACCUCGUCGACCUCCCCGUCCUCUUCUGCUCCUCCCUCGUCUAACGGCCAGAAUACUCUGAAUGGAGUCAGCAUUGGCGCCGACGCGCCCGGAACGUGGUGGUCGAAUCAUUAUAAAUGGAUCAUCAUGGUCAUCAUCCUUGCCAUCGCCUUCCCUCUCAUUGCCUGGGGAGCCGUGUGGUUGAAGAGACGCCACGAGCGCAAGCAAGAUCAAAUCACCACGGGCUUCAACGAAGGCAUCACCAGACGACCGCACAUGACGGAGAAAGAAAUGAACGGGUAAGAAUGAAGCCCGGAUAGAUUUGAAUUUAGAAUGAUAUCAUGUGAUCUUGACCGAAACAAAAAAAAAGAAAACAACAAUCCUCGCUUUGGCCUUGAUCUCCAACUCUCCCCACGACUACCUUGAUUUCCUC